UCCUCUGCUCGCCCGCAACACACGCCGCCGCUCCUCAUCUCCAUCUCUUAAUAUAUAAGACUUCGCUGCUGCUCCGAUCGGCCAGCAUUUUUUUUGUGAUUUCGUUCGUGAAACGUUCGUGUCAGGCAGUGAGUGCGACAGUUCAGCUAGACAAACUUCAGUUCUUUUCAUUGCCACCCUCGCCCUCUUGGACUUUUUCCUGCGACGAAGAGCUGUGCACCGCGUCGCCACCACCAUGAUCUCCCCAGCCUGGAUUUUGGCCUGCCAGUUGGCCCUAUUAGGGCUGGUAAUGGCUGCUCCACAGCUGGAUAUGGGCAACAUCCAGCCGUCUUUCGCCACGAUUAGCAAGAAGUUCCGAGUGGUCACAGAAGACACGGUGAUCCUGCCAUGCGAGAUCAACAACUUGGGCUUGUACCAAGUGGUCUGGAAGCGAGGGGCCAGCAUCUUGACGGCUGGCACACUCAAAAUCUACCCUGACAAUCGGAUCAGGUUAGUCGAGGGCACCAACCUGGAGAUCAGAGACAUUUCCACCAAGGAUGCUGGAGACUACGUCUGCCAAAUUUCCCUGCUGGAGCCCAUCACCCUCACACACACAUUGGAGAUUCUCGUUCCGCCGCGCAUCCAGAAGGUCUCCAACAACGGCAAUCUGGACGUGAAAAAGUUCUCGACCGUCACGCUGGAGUGCAAGGCGUCGGGAAAUCCUGUACCCACAAUCACCUGGUCCAGAAAGAACAACUUGCUUCCCUCCGGCGAUAAGUCAGUCGAAGGUUUCUCCAUCACGAUUGAGCAGGUAACGAGGCACCAGGCCGGCGUGUACCAGUGCAUGGCCAGCAAUGGGGUUGGACAGCCCGUCCUCAGGGACAUCGCCCUCAGAGUGCAAUAUGCGCCCGAGAUCGAGGUGGAGCGUAAUUGGGUCCAUUCCGGCGAGGGAUACGAGGCCCAAUUAGUCUGCAUCGUCCAUGCCGAACCACCUGCUGAGGUGCUGUGGUACCGAGAUACAUUGCGCCUGGACACAACGGAAAGAAUGUAUUCAGAAUCCAGGGGCAGCAGGCACACCCUCUUCAUCCGCAAAGUGGACGCCUCCGACUUUGGAAACUACAGCUGCGCCGCUGAUAAUGCACUCGGCAAGAGUCGUCAAUACCUCGAGCUGUCAGGUCGACCAACGCAGGCCCAAUUUUUCAGCAACCCGCGCGGACGCUUCAGAGAUACCUACAACAUCACCUUCUCCGUGGAAAGCUACACGCCCGUCGAGGAAUACAAGCUCUACUUCAGGAAACUGCCGGACAAUGACAGCUUGAUCUUCAGUAACCACCUGGGCCACGGCACCAACGAGAGGACCAACCACCACGGCAUCCCGAUCAUCGGCGGCUACAGGGGCGCGAUGGGGGUGAACGAGUGGCGCGACGUGAUCAUCAACGUGGACAGGAAGGAGCGGCUGAGCCAACGCGUGUACUAUUUGAUCCACGGGCUGGAGGCAGGCACCGAGUACGAGGCCAAGGUGCAGGCGCGCAACCGCUUCGGCUGGGGCGUUGUGUCGCGAGGCUUCCGCUUCGACACGCGCGGAUCAGAGAGCUCCCUGUACGAACCUGGUGCUGAAGAGUUCGGAGAGCCUGAAAUGCGAGACCUGGGAAUGACCGCUGCUGCUGGAGGUGGCAGCUCAAUUCGAGUCAGCGCAGGCCAAAGUGGCCUGCUCCUAGCCUUCACCCUUUUCAUGUUUCUGACAGUAGUUGGGGCGGCCAGUUGCGGCUGCGUCGCGUCAUAGACACAUCAAAGUUAGGUUGUGGCCAAGUCCCUCCUGUGGUGCGAAUGAGUGAAACUGAGCCAAACUGAACUGACAGGACGAAUGGAUGCUGCGCGCGAACGGAAUCAUCCUAGUUCAUAAGAAACACACUCUACACUCUGUCUCACAGCUAAAAUGGAUCCAUUUACACACUCAAAAAAGUGUUUCAGCCGCCUCGUCAUACUAAAAAAUGCACUCUCACUAGACUGUGGAAUGCUUUGCAGAUUCGUUUCUCCUCUAUAGCGGCCGCAUAACUGAUUUUGAGUUGUCUUUUUGCGGAGGUCAAUUGGCUUUGUCCAUGAAUAAUAUGUAUUUGUCUCGUGACACACACGUACUGACUAAACCACUUGGAUGUGUACAGCAUUAAUUGUUACCUUGAGAAAAGAAAAGUGCAGCGCGUGUGUAUAAUUAAUAACAAUUUAGCGAAAUACCGUGUGCAGUCAGCAAAUUAUAUAGUUGAAUCUCAUCCUGUUGUACUCACGCUGUUUCAGUUGUCGAUGGGUCCAAAAUAAAUAGCAAAAUUUCGCGUCAUUUAAAAGAGAUUAGAGCACACAAACACACAUUACUACAUGCGAAUGAUGUCAAUGUUGUAUAAAUUAAAAUAGCUGAAGAAGAAAGUGCUGAUCGUGAAGUUGAAAGGGACAGAGACGGGACUCGAGUGCGUGAAUGAGAAGAUUUCAACUGAAUGGACCUCUUGGGAAUAUAAUUAUGUCAAAUGCACCGACGGAUUUCUACUCGUUCUCAAAAGUGCAGCUAUAAUAUUUUUACCCGAUGAAGAAGAAGAGAAUCAAAGGACGCUGGAUUUUUCAAGUGCGCCGCGUAGGUUACACACAAAAAUACAAAUAACAUAUAUUAUCGUCGUGUAGAUAUAGGUAAUGCAAAAAUCUCACACACUGGUUUUUGUUCCUUCUCACUAAACUCCAGGAUUGAGAAGCUUUUCUAUCCAUCACCCAGUAUCCCAGCCCUGAUUUCCAGGGUUGCAGUCGCGCAUGCAGCACGGAAAUGACUAAAAUUAAAAUAGCGUUCUGUACAAGCUUCGAGUUUGCCCUUAUUCCGAGCGAGCGAGCACGUUUUCCUGUUUCAGUCAUUUUCGUAAAUAGGAAUUAAGCCACGCUUCCUCGGAAAACGACGAUUUCGUUGAUUUGUAUUUAUUAAUUAAUUACUCUCAUGAUGUGCCGUUCGAAUUGAACCUGCGAAACCCAACCAUAAAAAUUGAAGACAGGCCUAUUGUGAUAAAUACAAAAAAUUGUCCCGAUUCACUCGCACAGCUGCCGCGGAAAUUUUUCUGAUGAUUGUAUUUAGAACUUGCAGGAUGUUACCAUAUUUAUGUCUCCCUGUCAUAGAGGCAGCAAACCUCUCACAUAAAAGAUAAUAAAAAAUUUGUGUCCAUUAGUAGAUGUUGCUGUGUAUAACGAAUCUCAUUACUUGAUUCUAUUGCGUAAAGAAUGCGGUUUUGACAAUUAUAAUUUAGAGCAGAUAUUUCCCCUUGUUCAGAAGAUGAUUUCGAAGCACAAUGCCUAUUUUUGUAAAAAUGCUUGAUGAUAAGAUGUUUCUUGGACAAAGAAAAGCUCGAGAUCCAUAAUUUCAAGGACUGUUUUAGUUUUACAAAUUGAUUCUCGGAGAGUGGAAAUUUAUGCAGCCCGACAAGUUGGCAUGAGUUGAGCGCUACCAAGUGUUUCGUUGAUUUGAUUUCCAUUUUCCCACGAACAUUUAAUAUUUUGGUGUGCAUGUAUGUUGCACUUAAUAUGGAUAAUACAAAAUUACAAUAUUUGUAUACUUCAGUGUCUGAUGGCGAAAUCGAUUUGAUUAAUACCAUGAAAUAUUCUUAAGACAAAAAAAAUGUAUGAGAAAUCAAUUUCCAUGAUCCAUAAAAGAAUUAUAUUACAAUGUGAAUAAACUGUUUAUACUGUAAACCUUAA